GAGGAGGGUUAGAGUCAGACAAGCAGAGGAACUAACGGCACCGUUCUUGUGAAGGAAAGAAGAAGAAAAGGUUAGAACCAUGAGAAGCUUCCUAGCUGGUAUCCUUCUGGUUGUGGGGUUUGUUCAGAGCAGCUGGCAGGUUCCUCUGCAGGAGGCGGGUGACAGCUCAAGCUUUGAGGCAGACAACACAUCAGUGGAUGAGCCGCGGGAGCUGUCCAACAUGAAGAGACAUUCGGAGGGAACCUUCUCAAACGACUACAGCAAAUACCUGGAGGACCGGAAGGCUCAGGACUUUGUCCGGUGGCUGAUGAACAACAAGAGGAGCGGUGCUGAAGAAAAGCGCCACGCUGAUGGGACCUUCACCAGCGACGUGAGCUCGUACCUCAAGGACCAGCUAAUCAAAGACUUUGUUGCCAGGCUCAAGGCUGGACAAGUCAGAAGAGCAUCUCAAAUGGACAGGCGGGGGGAGGCGCUCAGCAGGAGGCAUGUUGAUGGAAGCUUCACCAGUGACGUGAACAAGGUGCUGGACUCCUUGGCUGCAAAGGAAUAUUUACUCUGGGUCAUGACCUCCAAACCUUCAGGGGAGAGUAAGAAAAGACGAGAGGACCAAUGA